AUGGCUGUUCCCUUAGUGGAGCAACAAAGUGAAGCCUCAACAGAUAGACAUCCUUUGCUAAUGGAGGAUCAAGCAAACCGUGGUGUACGUGAACAUGCUAUUGAUAUCACCAGUGGCAGUUUUCCUUCCUCUUCAAUCUCUCAUGAAGAUGAUCCCAGCGACUCAGAUGGAUUAAAUCAUGAAGAUAGACUUUCAACGAACACUCGCAUUCCUGGUUUUCAAUCUUCUUCUUCAUCAUCAUCAUCCACUGUGUCUAACCCUAGAAAUGCUGCUUUUAAUCGGAGAGGUGAUAGUUAUGGCCGGCGUCACAGAAGUCCAUUGAAUUCUGGCUUGUGGAUUUCUGUGGAACUUGUGGUCAAUAUGAGCCAAAUAAUUGCAGCUGUUAUUGUUUUGUCAUUGUCAACAAAUGAGCAUCCAAAGGCUCCGUUGUUUGAGUGGGUUAUAGGCUAUACAGUUGGCUGCGUUGCCACCCUUCCCCAUCUGUACUGGCGCUACAUGCACCGUAACAGUCAGGGAACCGACCAAGAUGUGACGCAUACACGUCAAGAUUCCUCUCAGAACAACCCCAGUGAACAGGCUCCAUAUGCUGCUGUUUCAGUCAUUCAAAUCCCAGAAGCUGAAGCACGGAGUGCAGGUGGAAAUUCAAGCAAUGGACAAAAUUCCAUUACUGCAAAUCCUAGGUAUUUUAUUGGUGCAGUUAUAUGGUCGAUCAAAUUAGGUUUCAUUGACUUUGAAGCAAAGCAAUCUUGUGUUUUAUUUUACUGUUUUAUGAGUAAUUCGUGUUAUGCAUUUGUUCCAAUCUGAUUCGAUGUUUGAAAAUUGACUUGAUAUUACCUAGAAGAGAUGAAAGGGAAGUUAUGUUGUACUACUGAUGAUUUCUCUUCUUACAUGCUGAAAGGUGAAAUUUUGAUUUCUAAGAUAAAUACAAGGAUUUCCACUGAUUCUUCAUCCAAGAUGAAAGCACGCAACCUUUAUUUUUAUCUGUUGUGAUCUUCUGUCAAAACUGUCAAAAUCGCAGAAAUGAUAUAACGGCUGUAGAAUUCUUGAGUAUGAUUCAACUAUCCUGGACAAAUGGAGCUUAAUAAGUCACAUAAAAAAUCCUGGUUUGGUUAAACUUUGUACAGUCAAACAUUUUUAAAGUUAUUAUAGAAAUUAAGAUUCUUUUGCAUUUUCCCUUAGCUGAGUACUGUUUCGUCAUUAUCUACAUUUCCUUGAUAUCUUCCAUGCCAUCAUUUUUGCUACACCCACAACUUGCUGCAAAAAUUUGGAUGUGCCUUUGGUCAAUCUGCUUGCUUAUUACCACAUCUGCAAAGCAAAAGCGCUAUAUUAUAUGCCCUUCAAGUGCUACCAUCUAAUUGGUAACUGGAAAAAAAUACCAUUUUCAAAGUAGUGCUAACAUUUAGAAUUUAGUAAAAAAAUAUGGGUUUUAACAUACCCAUUGAAGUUGAGCAGACACUAUGUAAUGUGGUAAUUAAUAUGAUCCAUUCUAGGCCUUAUCAACGUUGAACUUCGUUUGUUGUUUUGAUAAAAGAUCUUUUGUAAAUUCAUCUGUAUUGCAUUUUUUUUAGAAAAAAAUAAUGACUUAUAAAAUACUUGCAUCCCUACUUAACGUUCAAAUUGUCAGUCAAACUCGUAAUGUCAUUUUUUUUUUGUUGAUGAUUGUUUUCCAAACAGUUUUGAAAAGAACACGAAAAUAUUAAGAUCGCAGACCUCGUCUUUCAUUUUGGUUCAAAUCCGUAACCUUUUUUAAAGUGGUUUUAGGCAUCUAAUUGCUUGUACUUCUAGAAAUUUAUGUACAAUGUUAUACACAGCAGAACGUAAACUUCCAAUCAUUACUUAGGAUACGCAGAAUGGAACAUCAAACAUGAGGACUGGAACAGCUGAAUAAUCAUGGAUGAUACGAGUAGAUAUUUUCUUGCCCCUAUCUUGUUUGGGCCAUUAUGUCCUUGAGAUGCCAAAAGAUGUAAAGUAAUUUAAAGGGAAAAUUUCAUUUUGCUAAAACUAAAGCAUUCGGCCAUUAUGGUUCUCCUUGGUCAUAAGAUUGUGCUAUCAGAAAAGUUUUCAUUGUGAGAAAAUUUCGAUGUUUUCUGGAAAAUAUUUCAUUUGAUGUUUUUUGUGUUUCAAACUGAUAUUGCUCUCAAAUAGCAUUUUGAUGUUUCUGCUUUUAAACUCUUAUAGGUUUCAAAUGCAAAUAAGUAUGACGUCAUCCUAUAAUGAUUUACUUGAAGCCAUGUUUAAAAUAACUUGAGUUAAUUCUCUAUUUGGAUUUCGUAGCUGCAGUUUCUACGUGCUAAUGUUGAUAACAAAUAGUUCAUUUUUGGUUUUAGAUGCCAAUAAAGAGAUUUUUAGACCUGAAAGAUUGAGAAUAUAAAAGAUGUUGUCGUUAUUAGCUUUUCAACCUUUUAGAAGACUUUUUUUAUAAAAAAAAUCUAAAGGAGGUUCAACCUUUUUUGUGUAUACUCGGAGUCUGGUUCCUCCUAUCGCAAUGAGUUUAUCAGUCAUAAUAUUCUUGAUUGGAUUCAAUCAGGUUCUCUCUGCCAUUUAAAUGUUGCUGCCAAAAUUGCUUUUAGAAGGGUGAAGAUUGAAUUUUUAAUGAUUUACAGUAUUAUUAUUAUAUACUCUGAAACUAUCACCCAGUAUUGAGAUAUUUGUCUUUCUUGAGCACCUGAAUGACAUACUCGAUUGAUUCAAGUUGUCAUAGUGGCAUCCAAUGCAAAAAUUAUGUAGUAUGCUAGAAUUGACCAGGAUCUAAGAGUAAUCAAACGUCAGUUGACUUCUUUGUCGAAUUUUAUAACUUGGAAACCUUUCUUCUAGUCUUCCAUCGGGUCGACUGACAUAGACUGGUCAGAUUUGCAUUAGAAUUAUAUUUUUCACCGACCAUUUAUUCUUGUAUGUUGAGAUAGAAUUUAUGCUUCUAGCAGCAUCUGUCCUUUCCUGUUUAAUGGAUGUAUAAGUUCAUUUCAAUAAGCAGUCUUCAGUGGAAGCGUAUUUAUGCCAAUUACCAGACUGAUGAAAGAAUGUACAGAUCAGAAUUUUUUCACCAAGUAUUGAACAUUACUCCUUUACACAUGUGCUGCAAGCGAAUUAGUCAUUCGUCUGAGUGUCUUUUUUAUUUUAUGAGGGGUCGACAUUUAGGACUGUUUACUGGAUCAAGUGAGAACGUUUCUUAUGAGAGGUAAUUAUGUACUCGACAGGUUCAUUGCGUUAGUCGACCAUUUCAAGAUGGCCUUGGACUGCUUCUUUGCAGUAUGGUUUGUAGUUGGCAAUGUAUGGAUCUUUGGUGGGCACUCAUCAGCCUCGGAUUCUCCCAACUUGUACAGGUAUAAUAUGGUUCGCAAUUUUUCAUGGCUUUCUCAGAUCCACCCAUCUUAAUUUUUCUUCUCUUGGCUGUCAGAUUGUGUAUAGUGUUCCUCACCUUCAGCUGCAUCGGUUAUGCGAUGCCCUUUAUUCUUUGUGCAACAAUCUGCUGCUGCUUACCAUGUAUCAUCUCCAUUUUGGGCUUGAGAGAGGAUAUGGUCCAGAAUAGGGGGGCUACGCCAGAGUUACUCAAUACCCUACCGACUUACAAAUUCAAGUCAAAAGCUGAUAGGAGCAGGGAUGACAGUGAAACCAACUCUGAGGGUGGGAUAGUAGCUGUGGGUACUGAUAAAGAGCGUACGAUCUCUGCCGAAGAUGCUGUAAGUUUGUUUCAAUUUUUUCUGUCUAUUUUUAGUAAUUUAUUUCCCUAUGCCCUUUUUCUUGAUGCUGCGAGAAAGAAAGACGAUGCUUGUGCUCUCCACUAUCUCAGAGGAAUGGAUAGGAUGCUGGCUUUUUGGGGCAUAAUUUACGUUAUUAGCGAUGAGAGAUCGCAAACUUUGGUGAAGAACGCCACUCUGGAGGUUAAAAUUUGAUUUAUUCGGACGCCCUGGGCCAAUUGAAUUAUAAUUUCGCUCUGUGAGUUGGGGAAAAAGAGAAGCUGAUCCUCACAUGCCCAUGGGCAACGUCUGAAGCAUAAGUAUCCUAGGAUGUUAGAUGAUAAGUUGAGAGGAACUCUCUCUCUCUCUCUCUCUCUCUCUCUCUCACACACACACACACACACACACACACACACAGAAUGGAAAUUGUGGAGAUUUCCAAGGAAACAGGAUGGCUGCCAUUUGAGUUGAGAGGCUAGUGAUUGAGAGACAAUAGGGCCUCCUAGAGAUACUUCAGUGUCUUGGAAUCCAGAUUUCUUCUAUGGCUGAUCCUUUGUCGUGGUUUGACAUCCCUCCUUUUAUGAUCUACACUCUGCAUCAGAUUGAUCUCAUCCUUGACGGUUGUCUUGCAGGUGUGCUGCAUCUGCCUAGCCAAGUACGCAAACGAGGACGAGCUGCGGGAGCUCACGUGCGGGCACUUCUUCCACAUGGCGUGCGUGGACAAGUGGCUCAAGAUAAACGCUCUGUGCCCCCUCUGCAAAACCGAGGUGGGGGAGCCCGCGGGCCUGUCCUCCGGCGGCAGCUCCACCCACCGGCACGCCUAG